GAAACAACACAGCACCUGAUAAAUCGAUCAGGUAUUAGAAGCUGCCGGCUAAAUCAGAGCUACACGGACUCCAUUUCUUAUAUAAGGUCACUGCGGGUUGAGGGUAUUCAGACAAAUUUAGUGUAAAACUCAAAGCAAGACGUACGGUGGUUGAAAGAUAUAAAACAUGGUCAACGAGACGGUGGUUGAAGCUGCGAUGCUAGGCAAGGUGCCCAAAGUGGUAGUUGUGGUGUGCUUGUUGAGAGGAAACAAGGUGUUGUUGGGACGGCGCCGCUCAUCUCUUGGUGAUUCCACAUUUUCCCUUCCUGGGGGACACCUCGAGUUUGGUGAGAGCUUUGAGGAGUGCGCAACAAGAGAAGUGAAGGAAGAAACUGGUUUAGACAUUGAGAAGUUAGAGUUUCUAACGGUCACAAACAACAUGUUCUUGGACAAAGCCGAACCAUACCAGUACGUGGUGAUUUCUAUGCGAGCAGUCUUGGCAGAUCAUCAACAGCCUCAGAAUAUUGAACCAGACUUCUGUGAUGGUUGGGGUUGGUAUGAGUGGGGCAACCUCCCCAAGCCACUCUUUUCGCCCUUGGAAAAAGCAGUUCAGGCUGGAUUUAAUCCUUUCCCUUUUUAAUCUCCAGCUAUAUGUAAUGUACUCAUAUAUGUAGUACCUUGAUCAACCUGUUUUUUUCCUUCUCGAUAGAAACCACAUAAUUGUUGUAAUAUAAUCUUAAUUACGAAGCUUAUCUUAGACUCUUAGAGAUUAUGCUGGAUAAUCUUAAUUGUUGUAAUAUAAUCUUGUAAUAAUUCGUCCUGGGAUAGGCGGCUCAAUUGAUCUCCUCAUAAAGUAUUCUACUUUCAUUAAGUAACAUGCACUUGG